CUAACACACUGCCAGAGCCGUGACAUACUUGGCUUUAUGUGUUAAUAUGGUAUUGAGUACGUAGUGAGGAAGCUGAAGAAAAGUGUGAAUAGCCUCCUUCUCUCUCUUCCUAUUAGAUGGCAAGAUGAAGACAUACAAUCAAGUCCAUGUGGAUCAGAGAGGAACCCUGAGGUGGACAGACUUUCCUGUGUUUAUGACAAUGUGGAAGAAAUGCGUAGACCAACCAGAGCUCAACAGCACAAGAAUAAUGAAACAGCCCUCCAAAGACGAGGUGGAAUACAGCCACUCGCAAAGGGAGUGGAUUGUGAUAUGGACAUAUAUCUAAACUGCUGAUCAGAGGACAUCUGCUGCUGCUCGCACACAGCGGAGACACAGCUGAGCUCUAAUUGCAUUUUUAAAAGCUGUGACAUUUUUGAAAACCACUCCUGCCAGGGUAGCAAUAUGGAGCAAAUGGUGAAGAGUGAAGUCAUUCUCUCGGUUUACAUCAUUUCCUUCCUGAUAGGCCUGCCAACCAACCUCCUCGCUCUCUACGCCUUCAGUAUCAAAAUCCGCUCCAAGCCACUUCCAACAGACAUCCUGCUUCUUAAUCUGACUGUCUCUGAUCUUCUCUUCUUGAUCAUCCUUCCUCUCAAGAUGUAUGAGGCAGCGUCCGGCAUGAAGUGGAAUCUGCCCAACUUCCUGUGCUCAAUCACCUCAUUCACCUUCUUCUCCACAAUCUACACCAGCUCCUUGUUGCUGAUGGCGGUCAGUGUGGUUCGCUACAUUGCCAUAUCUUACCCCAUCACCUAUCAUCAGCUGCACAAACCUGUGUACGCAGUAGUGGUCAGUGCUGUUAUUUGGCUAAUAUCAGCAGCACACUGCAGCAUCACUUUCAUCACCCAGCACCACCCAUCCCUAUCCAGCAAAAACUCCAGUUUCUGCUAUGAGAACUUCACCAAGACGCAGCUUGACAUCCUCCUCCCAGUACGUUUGGAGUUUUUCUUUGUGCUCUGCCUUAUACCUCUUCUAGUUUGUGUUUACUGCUACUUGCGCUGCAUAAUAAUCCUGUACAGCCGCCCAAGGAUACCCAUAAUGCAGAAGCAGAAGGCCACUGGCAUGGCCUUAGGGACUCUAGCCGUGUUUCUCAUUUGUGUGAUGCCAUACAAUGUCUCUCAUUUAGUCGGUUACUUCCAGGGUGAUAGCCCAAAAUGGAGGUACUACACCUUGUUGCUUAGCACCUUCAACACCUGUAUUGAUCCCAUCAUCUUCUACUUCUCCUCCUCCGCCUUCCGCUGCACUAGUGAAAAGUCUAUUUUCAGGAAGCAUGUUUCAGGAUUACAGAAGCAUGCCACAAGCUCUGGCUAAGAGCAAGAUACACUUCCAAUGCUAUAUUUACAUAUCCAGCUUCAUUGUUAUUAUUUUUUUUAUAUUGCUGACAUUAUGCCUUAAUGUGUAAUACAAUACAGAUUUCUUUAACAGUUGUUGUAACUUGACCUGUGGCCGUAUUUAACAGUUGUUUAUGUAUUGUUUUUAUAAAGCAAUGUCUGGGACUGUUCUGCUUUCCAUCCCAAACAAUGUAGACUGUUUUAUGACAAAACCAAGGCAGAGCAUGUUUUAUGCAUAUGCAAAAUUCCAAAUUUUAUUAUUUUACAGUAGGUUCUCUAUUUUUGAAUGGGACCUGUGAUCCUUUGCACCCUGGACACAGCAUUUCCGUUUUUUUUUUUAACGUGGGCCAGCCACUCUUCUGCACUCAUGCAUUCUGUAGGCACACAUGUAGAAUAUACCUGCAAAACAAAACAUAAGUCAGUUAUAAAGUGGUAUGGGGUUUCAAUGGCAAGAGCUUUGUGAGUUUUCUGUUGUAUCUAAAGCUUAUUGAUGUGUGAGUUUGAAAAUAUAUAGAUGACAUUUUCACGAGUGCGUAACUGAGAGUGCACUAAUGCAUAACAAACUAUAGCAACUUAUUUACAAGAAUUAUUGUCAAUAAAAUUU